CAGUGUAGAAUUCAUUCCGUUAAAGCAACUAAAAAGUUUUUUAUGAUAUCUGCAUAGAUUGUUUUGUAGAUCAUUUCUCUUCCUCUUGCUGACUGUAAGUUAUGUCACAAUAUGGCAAUGGAAGCAAUAAAGUGCCUCCUUGGCAGCAGCGACCACAGCCUACCAUUCCCUCUUUGCUUGGCCAGCAUCCUAAUGUUGCUGCUGCAGCAGCUGCGGCUACACUUGCCAACCACCUUGUGAUGGCUGGGCAACAGCAGCAGCAACAACAACAACAACCACCUCCCCAGGCACCCCCUCUACAGCAACCACAGCAGUAUACUUCUGUCCAGCAAAGCAUGAUACAAGCUCCUGGGUUAGCAAACAUGGCCACCAUGGCUCAGUCAACCAUAGUGCAGGCUCAGCCUCCUGCAAUGCCUGGUCAGCCACAGGCAGCUGCUCAGACAUUAGUUCAAAAUCCUUUGUCUCAACCAAGUCUUAUGGGUCAACCACCUUUGGCUUCUCAACCUUUGCAACAGUUCCAGCAGCAACAAGUCAUGCAACAGCAGCACCAGCAGACUCUCCAACAACAACAGCAACAGCAAGUGCUGCAUCAGCAGCAACAACAAGCUCAGGUGGCGCCUGUACAGUAUCCAGCUCCACGAGCCCUUGUCCCUCCUACAACGUUCCCCAACCUGCCCAGCACUCUGACUGCCCCUCCUGUAGUGGGGAUGCCCCCAACAUCCACACCUAACAUGGGUCUUGGUGGGCUUAGUGUUGCAGUUGCUCAGUCUCAGCAGCAGCCACCUCAGCAAGGACAGCAGCAACAAGCACAGCAACCGCAAAAGCAGCGAGUCUUUACUGGCACCAUCACCAAACUUUGCCCAGACUUUGGCUUUGUUGAUGAUGAUGUCUUCUUCCAGACCUCUUGUGUGAUAGGCCAGCCACCUGUGGUGAAUGACAGGGUUUUAGUUGAGGCCACGUUCAACCCAACGAUGCCCUUCAAGUGGAAUGCUAAUAGAGUCCAAGUUAUUCCAGGUCCGAACCGUGACGCGUGCAGCGUGCGGGACAGCCUGCGUAGCAGCACCACCAGCACCAGGCUGACCGGGGCCAGUGGGCGUGCAACGGAGGGCGCCUACAAUGCUGUACCGCCACCGGCAUUUGCUUCCAAUGAUCGACGCUCAUUCCGUGACAGUGGUGGCUCUUACAGUAACAAAGAUAGUUUCUCAUCAAGAAGCAGCCGACGCAGUCGCUCCCCUCGCCGGGACAGUCGCCGGGACCGUGAUCGCGACGACGGCAAAGAGAAGGAAGGCAGCAGCGCGUCGGGCGGCCGCGCCUCCAGUAAAGACGCGGACACCAAGCGCAAGCGCAGCCGGAGUCGCGACCGCUCACCCCGCUCGCCCUCGCGCCGGCGUCCGCGUGUCGCCCCGCGGUACAACGUCCAGGUUCCAAAACUGUUGCUGCAAAUUGAGGAAGCAAACAUACUGGAACUACGUAAGCGUUACUCCAACCUCUACAUUCCGAGUGACGUGUUCGUAACUCGUCCCCUAUGGAGUAACACCUUCCCCCCUCAUCGCCCCUUCCCGCUGCCCAAGCCCGUAGGCUUCCAUGUCAUGCAUAAGGACGUUGAUAGCGUGCUGCCCAAUGACGCCAUCUACGACCCGCCUGAUGCCAGCCACUCGUUCUCAGCUAAGGUGAUGCUGUUGUCGGUGCCGUCCAUGGAAGAGAUCUACCGCCGAUCAUGCGCCCUCAGCGAGGAUACCUCAGACUCCCGGGACGCUUACGUGCAUCCUACGCGCCUCAUAAACUUCUGCGUGGGCCUCAGGGGCAAGAGUGAGACCAUGGCCAUAGGGGGCUAUUGGAGCCCCAGCUUGGACGGCCCUAACCCUGACAAGGACCCGUCAGUGCUGAUCAAGACAGCCAUCCGCACGUGCCUCGCUCUCACAGGCAUUGACUUGAGUCCCUGCACUACCUGGUACCGGUUUGCUGAGAUUUACUAUCGCCGUGCCGACUCAGCUCACAAAGGGCGAGCGCCAUCGGCUGCUACUGGCGGUGGUGGCAUCACAAACACCACUAUAACCACUACCAAUACUACCACUUCCACCACCACUACCACUCGUAGCACUGGUACAACGUGUAGCAGCAGCAGCAGUGGUGGUGGUGUAACCGACAGUAAUGUUUGUAGCAGCGGUGCAGCGUCUCGCGCUCCAGGCAAUGAGCCUGGACGCGUAGAAACUACAGUCAUAUUUCUACCCGAUGUUUGGAACAUUUCCCCUACUAAGCUGGAGUGGGAUGGCCUUCAUCUCAACUAUAAGCGGCUUCUUGAUAGGAAGUUGGCAUCCAUGGCAGGCGGUGCUCCCGUGGACGAAUGUGAGGGCGACAUGCCCGACGAGGAGGAGCUGGAGGAUGACCAGGAGACGCCAAAGCGUAAGGAUCCUUCCCACUGGUCGGCUCUUGAUAUCAAAACCAUGAAGGUGGUGGAACUACGAGAAGAACUGGAUGCUCGUCUCUUGAACAGCCGCGGCCUCCGAUCCCAGCUCAUUGCUCGCCUCACUAAGGUGCUGAAGUCUGAGCAAGACAAAGAAGAAGCCGAGAAGGCUGCUAUUGAAGAGAAGAUGAAAACUGACGAGAUCCUCAAAAAGGAAGAGGAGGAUAAAAGGAAGGAAGAGGAAAAACGCAAGAAAGAGGAAGAGGAUAAGAAGAAGGAAGAAGAGGAAAUGCGCCGCAGCCUUGAGAAGGAGCGCGCGCUGCUGGAGAAGAGGCACACGCUGCCUGAGACGCCCAUGCUGCUCGUGCACCCAUCGCGCUCUGCUAAGAGCGGCAAGUUCGACGCCACCACCAUGAGCCUCUCCGUACUUCUCGACUACAGACAGGAAGACAACAAAGAGCACUCGUUCGAGGUGUCACUUUUUGCCGAGCUCUUCAAUGAGAUGCUCAUGAGGGACUUUGCCUUCAGGAUCUACCGAGCUCUGGUCGAGGCGCCUGAAUCGCCUAAAGAAGAGGAGAAGAAAAAAGAUGCAGAAAAGAAAAAGGACAAAAAGAAAGAUGACAACGAUGAAAAAGUUGAUGCCGAUGUGAUAAAGAGUACUGAUGAGAAAGAAAGUGAAAAGAAAACCGAGAAAAAAGAGGACGAAAAAGAGGAAAGAGAGCCCAAGAGGAGACGAAGAGACAAAUUUAAGCGAGAAAAUGACCAAAAGGAUGACGAUGAAGACGCUGUGCUGGACCUUGACUUCGAGUAUGAGCAGGAGGAAUUCUUCAAGAAAGAUGCCAAGGCUGAUAAAGAAGCGCUCGCAGAGGACGAGGAUAGCAAGGAAGCCAGCAGGAGCGUCAGUGCGGACGUGUCCAAGGAUCAUGGAGACCGUCAGUCUGAGUCAAGUUCUCGUGAGACUAAGAAGCGACGAGCCAGUAGCUGCGACCGCAAAGACGACAAGAACUCUAAGGAAAAGAAGAAAAUGUUCACUUUUGACCCUUAUUUGUUGCUGGCAUUUGUCUACUUUGACACCACGCGCACUGGCUAUAUCAUUGAUAAAGAUCUCGAGGAUAUCAUAAACCUGCUCGGCAUGAAUCUCUCUAGAGCUCAGAUGAAGAAGCUGACGAGCAAGCUGGUGUCCCGUGACGUGCUGUACUAUCGUAAGCUCACCGACGUGCCUUAUGAAGACAAGGAUAAGGAGAGGCCACCGGUCGCCCAGCCAUCCUUCAUGGAGCUUCUCGCCAGAGGCAACAAAAAUCAUCUUCCCAUUUUCUGCGAGGACGGCGGUGACUUUGCCCGUCGUGGCGGCCGUGCCUCCAAGAGUGAAGAUUUCCCACAGCUGAGGGAGGGCGUAGUGCGCUACGAGGGAUCCUUGGUAGACGUGGCCAAGCUCAUGCAGCAGCUGCAACGAUCAGAGAAAGCCUUGAUUGAUACUGAAGAAAAACUCAGGACUACGCAGAAAGAUUAUGGCUUGUGCAAGGAAGAGGUUCGCCGAGUAACUGAACGCAAUCAACGUCUCACAAAAGAUCUGCGCCAACAGCAGCACACCUCACGCUUCACUGAAGACGAACUCAGACGCUCCAUGGACGAUAACUUACGCUACAUGACGGCUCUCAACACCAUUAAAGACGUAGUCAAGCCUUUCGUGCGAGGCCUUGAGAUUGAUCUUGAUGAAAGUAUCGACAUCAAGACUGAAAACGGCAGCUCCCGUGAUGCAAAAUCUCCUUCGUUCAUCAACACUCCCGAUGAUGGUCGAACCAACGGCGUAAACACUUGAACUUCAGAUUCAUCUGCUGAGUCACUUCAUGUUGUAUCCAUGUUCUCAAAACGCGCUUCAUGACGUAACGGGCUCCAGUAGCUCCAACUUUCCCAACACGCUCUUUGUUGACAGAUCUGUAGUCUUAUUGAGUGACUUCAUGAUGUACUACCAACGUGCUAGUGAUCGCGUAACUCGUUUUUGGAACUUUCGUUUUCAUGCAUCCUUGUACGGAAACAUCAAAUCGAACGUACGUGUAGUCUCGACUAUUGUACAAAAUUUACGAGUCAUGAAAAUAUGCGAAGACUUGUAUAAAUAUAAGUCUUAACUAUAAAUCUUUUCAUAUCCAAUGGUCUCGCACAGAAUUUCAUAGCGAUUCUACUGUUGAUGUUUGUUGAUGUAAAUGUCGUCAGCACAGUCUACUGCCGUCUCGUUGAAAUGAGUAUCGACACACUCAUAAGUGCUGUUAGAAGAUUCGUAUCGAUUUUUUAGUAAUGUUUAUUUUGGUUCUGUCUUACUUAGAGAGUAGAAACUUAUUCAGUUCUGGCUAAGUUGUACUGAUCUAAGAAUACGUGAACUUUACUUCCACAUGUUCAUCCAAAAACAAUGAACCCUCAGCCUUGGAUUUAGUUUGUAACGAGUUUCAUGACCAUUUAAUGCUCGUUAAUGGAAGUGUUCUUUCGUUGCAGGGUUAAAUUUACUUAUCAAUUCUUGACAAUUUUAUUCUGUUGUAUUGUUAGCCAUUGAGGCCUGGCAUGUAAUCUUGGCUGAUUCAAAAGUUCAACAAAACUUCAAAUUUUCUGUUCCGAUCUGAUUCCAUUCACUAAGAUUUUCUCGUUCGAUAUAUUAGUUUUGAAUUCUUAGUGAAUAUUUUAUUCACUAAGAUAAAUCGUUCAAUAUUUUAGUUUUGUUUAUAUUAGUUGUAUUAAUUUGGGAUUUUGAAUGGAGAUUCAGUUGUUUUGCGUGAACAAACGGGAGCUGCUAAAGUGAUUCCCAUGAAGAUACCCGUUAAUAAAUAAUUGCGACGUAUGGACGGUCACACAUUCUCGUGCUGUUGAGUGGCAGAUUAAUUCUGCCAGCAAUACAGCGUUGCUCGUGUUCAGUGAAGGCUGUCGUGUUACCGACGCAAUAUUGAUCAGUAGAAGAAAUUUCCCAUUACUUGCAUGCUUAGAGUACUUCUUUUAAUUGCUAGUGUUGCAAUGACAACAAUCUUGACUUGACUUUUCAUUUGUAAAUCUCACAUUUAUUUUCUUUUCCUUGUUCUGUCGUGAAACAGUGCUAGUCGUAAUGGUCGUUAGUCGCAUUUUCAUGAAUAAAGGGACUUGUAAA